AUGGAUUCCACUCCAAAGACAAUCGCUAAAGGAUUAAACCACACCAAUUGCGUCAGCAUCGCGAUCGCAUCCCCCACCGUACCGGUGCGUGAAAAAUGGUCCAGCAACAUCGAGUUCACGCUUUCGUGCAUCGCAUACUCGGUGGGAUUCGGAAACAUCUGGAAGUUCCCGUACACCGCACUCGACAACGGAGGUGGUGCGUUCCUGAUCCCAUACCUGGUGGUGUUGUUCGUGAUCGGUCGUCCGCUUUACUAUCUCGAGAUGGCGAUGGGACAGUUCUGUAGCCGGGGUUGUGUCAAGAUCUACGAUAUGGCCCCUGCUAUGCGUGGUGUCGGUAUCGGCCAGUCCGUUGCGAUGGUUGUAGCGAUGUCCUACUACACGCCGGUGUUGGCCAUCACGCUUCGCUAUCUAUUGCUGUCGUUUAGUAGUGAGCUACCUUGGAGCAAGUGCGAUCACUCGUGGAGUCGGUGUAUUGAUUCGGACUUCCGAGGGUACACUAACGUGUCAGAAACAGCCAUGGAAGAUCGCAGGAAUGUCUCGGCAGAGCUUUAUUUCACCAACACGAUCAUGCAUCGAGCACCAUUAGCCGAAGGUUUAGGGUUUCCCGACAUGCAGCUGGUUCUCUGUCUGCUCGUCUCGUGGCUGAUAUUGGUUGUCAUUCUCAUCAAGGGUGUCAGAAGCACGGGAAAAGCCUCCUAUUUUUUGGCCAUCUUCCCGUACGUUAUUAUCUUUAUCCUGCUGGCACACUCCCUGAGUCUUGAGGGCUCCCUGAAAGGUAUCAAGUUCUUCCUAACACCCAAGUGGGAGAGUCUCUUCUCGGCCAAGGUCUGGAUGGAAGCCGUCACGCAGUGUUUCUUCUCGCUGUCGAUCUGUUUCGGUGGCAUUAUCGCGUACUCCUCGUUCAACAACUUCUCGAACAAUGUGUACCGUGAUGCGAUGAUCAUAUCCUGGCUGGACACGUUCACCUCGAUCAUCGUUGGCUGUAUCGUGUUUGGAGUACUUGGGAACCUGGCGCACGUCACCCAUCGGGACAGCAUCCAGGAUAUCGUGCGUGAAGGACCGGGUUUAACGUUCAUGGCCUACCCCGACGCGAUCGCCAAAUUCGAGUACUUUCCUCAGCUGUUCUCCGUGCUGUUCUUCCUAAUGUUCUACAUCGUGGGCAUCGGAAGUAAUCUCGGUGCGAUUACGAGCGUCAUCACGGCGAUCCGUGACCGCUGUCCGACCGUCGACAACUGGAAGAUUGUGCUUGGGGUUAGUGUGUCGAUGUUUGGCGUAGGUGUGGUAUACCUAACACCGGGUGGAUUGGAUCUCCUUGACGUGCUCGAUACGUAUGGUGCGAAAUACGUCACCCUUACGCUGGCCCUGUUCGAGAUCAUUACGUUUGCGUGGAUCUAUGGUGUCGAUCGGGUUUGUCGUGAUAUCAAGUUCAUGCUGCAGCUUGAAACUGGACUAUUUUGGCGCGUUUGCUGGGGCUUUUUGGCACCUUUGCUCGUGGGUAUCAUUCUAGUUGUGAGCUUCAUCGACUACGUUCCACUAAAGGUUCCCACGCAGUACAACGUCGCUGGAUGGAUUCUGUAUACUUUUGCCGUUCUUCAGCUACCCUUGUGGGCCUGUUAUGCGGUGGUUACACAGGACGAGAAAGGAUACCGCUCCAAGCUGAACGCUGCUUUCCAACCCACCGAAUCGUGGGGACCGGAAAACGACGGCACACGCGAUCAGUACAAAAAAAUGGAAAGCAAACGGGCGAACAUUGAUGAUUUACCCAGCCGGUCCAUCACGAACAGAUUUUAUCGAAAGUUAUUUGAUUAG